UCCGGCCCGGUUCCAGCGCUGGGUUGGUGGUGUUCUCGGCGGGAUCUCCCCCGGAGCGGGCGCUGCCCAGCCUAGGCGGGGGGGAUAGAUAUGGAUAAACUGACCAUCAUCUCAGGAUGUCUCUUUCUGGCUGCGGAUAUAUUUGCUAUCGCGAGCAUCGCAAACCCCGACUGGAUCAACACGGGGGAGUCUGCAGGUGCCCUCACGGUUGGCCUUGUCAGACAAUGUCAAACCAUACAUGGACGUGACAGAACUUGCAUCCCUCCGCGGCUCCCGCCCGAAUGGGUGACAACGCUGUUUUUCAUCAUAAUGGGAAUCAUAUCAUUGACUGUUACUUGUGGUUUAUUAGUUGCUUCUCAUUGGCGGAGGGAAGCUACGAAAUAUGCCCGUUGGAUAGCGUUCACAGGCAUGAUCCUUUUCUGUAUGGCAGCAUUAAUAUUCCCAAUAGGGUUUUACAUAAAUGAAGUUGGAGGCCAACCGUACAAACUUCCCAACAACACGGUGGUGGGCUCAUCCUAUGUACUGUUUGUUUUGUCCAUUUUCUUUACAAUAGUGGGACUAUUAUUUGCAGGCAAAGUUUGUUUACCUGGCUGAUAUAAAGAGGAUCUACUUGACUUUAGAAGAACGGAUCAUUGUAUCUUGCUGGGGGGGAGGGGGAGUUGAUAAAGAUUAAGAACAAAAGACAUCCGAGGACAUUGCAUUCUCAGGAGAAUGCGUCAAAGGGACACCAGAACUGAGACGAGAAUAGACAUUAAAUUGUUCUCACUAUGCACUUUGAAUCAAAUGGAGAGCUUUUACUUUCCGUAACCAAAUACAAAUAUCAUUGACUGAUCUCCUGAGCAUAUACAUGCAGUCAGGUCUGCACUGUGACUUGUGAAGAACGCUUUACACUGACAAGCAAACCGACCUUCAUUACUGUACCUGAUUCUUCUUUUUAUUGUCUGAUAAUGCGAACUGAAGAAGAAAAAAAUGGCAAGAGUAUUUAUGAACUUUGUAGAUUAACUUAGCAUUUCCAGGCCAAGUAAGGCUGGCCUUACUUAAAGUGAAAAGAGAACGUACACAAAGGUGAACUCUUAGCACCAUAUGGAAGGGAUAUUGUACUCAAUUUUAUAUCAUCCAUAUGAAAUGGCAACAUUUAAACACAUUGAAUAGCUUUUUUUCUUCCAUUAAAAAUGUAAGAGAGAUAAGAGAACAAAGCAGUUUUAACACUGGUGCCAUCAUGCUCAAAAUUGUUGUCUGGGUACAUUAGUAUUUAUCAAUUUUAUAUAAUGUGCUCAGUGUUCCAAUUAAGAACAGAUAAUUGCUUUGUAGCCUAUAAUAAUGCCUAAAACACAUUGGUCUGUAGACUAUAGGGAUGCCUAAAACACAUGGAUCUGAAGACUAUAGGGGUGCCCAAAACACAUUGGUCUGUAGACUAUAGGGGUGCCCAAAACACAUUGGUCUGUAGACUAUAGAGGUGCCCAAACACAUUGGUCUGUAGACUAUAGAGGUGCCCAGUGCUUUUAAGGGAGUAACAAUUUUAUUCUGAAGUUUACAUGGUGCUCAUUUUAUGAAAGGGAAUAUUCCAGUUGAUGAUACCUGGAAAUGCUACAUAUUUCUCAUCUAACACUAUAUCUGUAGGGGGGAAUGGAAACCAGAAAAAAACAAAACACUAACACCUUGGGGUGGGUGGGAAGUACUCUUCCUUUAUAUUUAUAUAAAUAUAUUUUUUGCUGACGGAGUAUACAUUGUAUAUACAAGCCGUUCCUGGAAGACAACGCUAAACGCUUUGCUUGCAAAAAUAAAUAAAUCACUGUGGCGUGCAAACUGGAACUCAGUAGAAAAAAAAAAAGCCAUUUCCCUGAAGGCUACAUAUUAAAGUCUUCAGCUUACCUCAUUCUUUGUAGCAGCCCUUAAUUUAAUCCAUGUUUUAGUAAGUACAAACACAUACACAUUUCUAGGUGCAAUUUAAAAUUAAGCUAAAAUGUAUCUUGUAAUUUAUGUGAUAACUGACCGUCAUCUGUUUUGGUUUUUUUUUAUUGUUUUUCUCUCUGUACUAAUUUCUGUAUCUUCAGACUGAUGCUAUUUUAAAUUAUUAGCAUUCAUUUUUUUUUCUUCUCAUUUCCCCCUUUAAGUUGGUUCAGCUGCAUUUUAAUAGCAAUUAAUGCCAAGCACAGCUAUAAGAAACAAAUAUGCUACAGGAGACGUCAUUACUAGGUCAAAACAAUGUAUAUACCUUGUUUCUGUAAUGUGUGUUACUUGUUAUGAAUAAUUUAUUAUCAGUCAGAUGAAAAUACUUAAAUUAUUUUGUCUGUGCUUUUUUUCACCAUCUGCUUUGUUUUUAAUACAUAUAUAAAAGGAUAUGAAAAUUUAGCAUUUUGUAGGUUUGAAUAUUUAGUUCUAAAUUAAAAUAAUCGUUAAACUGCACAUAUUUACCCUUCCAGACACAUCGCUGUCCAAAUGAGCAGGAUAAAACGCAUUUUAAGCAACUUCUAAUCACCCCAAUUUUUUUUGUUCUUAACAGUAUUUAAAGAGACCAUGACCUACGAAAACCAAUGUACAAACACAAUGUGAGGAAUAAAACAUACUUCAGCUUUUUAUAAA